AUGGAUAUUGUGGUGACAUCUGAGAACUUCUGGUUGGGGUCCGCAGGCAUUUCGGAUAAUUUGGUGGGGUUGGGAAAAAAAAUCUUCAAAAGGGAAGUGCUGGGAAGGAGAAGAUCUCUGCAAAUUUUUGAAACUGAUUCCAUGAAAACUUUAAUUCAUCAUCUUAAUCUUCAUGGAUUCAGCAAAAUGGAAGGGAAUUCUCCAACAUGUGCGUCACAGGAAAAACUCCAAGCACUAGCAGCAGCAGGUUCUGCUUUUGGCAAGUCUGGAAACAGUGGCAACUAA